CGUCACCGUAGUUAUUUGCUCCGAGGCUCCGAGCCGUGGAAUCCGAGUUCGCGAGCCGUUGUCGCGACGGCCCGUGAUAGCGUCUCCCUCGCAGCGGGUCACGUAGGCAGGCCGUAAUCGUUCCUCGACGAUUGCCGCGAGCGGGCCGAGGACAUUUGGUGCGCGGUCUCAGGCUCUUUUUCCCCAGGUCUGUGCUCACAGGGUGCCGACGGGCGACCACGUCGGGGGCGCGCGCGCGCGCGCGAAGGAGGAACAGCGGGAACAAUCGCGUGGAAUAGAGCGGAAUCGCGAACGGCGACGAAUCGUCCGUGCGGAACACGCCGUGUUUUGACUUUUGGCCGCGAGUGUUGGCAUAACUUAACAGGCCGCCGCGAAGAGGAGAAGACCAAGGUGGAGGUGGCGACCGUGCGACCGUUCGCUGGACGUAACCGCGCGAUUCGCGAUUCCAGCAACCGGUGUUUAGCAACGGAGUUUCCGACCGACCGCCUAUAUUUUGUCCUGUAACACAAUCUAGUUCUAUCUCUCUCUCUCUCUCUUUCUUUCUCUCUCUCUUGUCCUCUCUCGACACGGGCGCCGCCGCCGCCGCCGCCGCCGCCGCCGUCGUUGUUCGACGCCGCCCCCGCUGACGACGACGACGACGACGACGACACAGCCGCGCGAAUCGCAGGUUAUGUCAAGCGGAUUGGCAGGCGCUGUCUCGAACCAGCGGAUGAAAGGACAAACCGGCAAUCAAGUGAGCAAUGGUCCUAAGGAACACCAGCAGCAACAACAGACGGAGCAUGCCGCUGGCGAGGACACCGGCUUCGAUUCGUGGCGAGGUGGCAACAAUGCUCAGCAUCACUCGAGUUAUCCGAUCGGUACCGGCGAUCCGUACAGCCCGUACUACCCCGGUACAUCGUUCCCUUAUCAGACCUUCGGCGCCGGAGAUGGCACGUGGUCGAACGGCACCGACCCGGUCGCCUUUCUCUCGGGUUACGGCGGCCAAAUAAGCCACGAUGCUUACGGCGCGAUGGACGGCAUGUUCUCGGCGUCAGCGGCCGGCGGCGGUUUCAGCGCGUUCGGUCAGCCGCCGUUCAACUACUUUCACGGCAACGGCGACUUUAGCGCAUGGGGCACACCGAGGAGGACCAAGUACGAGGAUUACUAUCAACCGCCGCGCGGCAACGAGAGCUAUGCCAAUCCGGCGGCGAGCGGCACCGGCGAGAUCAAGAGCAUCGAGCAAAGCGUGCAAGGUCUGUCGAUCGGCGGCGGCGGCGGCGGCGGCGGCGGCGGCGGUGGCGGUAGCGGCGGUGGUGGUGAAUUACCACGACAGGAUCAACAGCAUCUGCAACAACAAACUACGGCACAGCAAAUUAAGCCUGAGCCGAAGGAACCUAGAAAAAUCACGUGGGCGAGUGUGGCGAGCCAGCCGGCAAAGCCGGUGCCGCCGCUCUCGUCCACGCAGGGGAUGAAGAAGAAAGCGGGCAUGCCACCACCGCCGAUUGUGCCGGGCAAACAUAACAUGGACAUCGGGACGUGGGGCGAGGGCAAGUCUUCCGCGCCGCCGCCGCCGCCUACGGCGCCGCCACCACCGCAAGUGCAGCCACCGAUUCCGCCACCUCCGCCGCCUGUUCAGAGGCAACAGCGACCGCAACAGCAACAGCAGCAGCCGCCUCAGCCUUGCUGGAAUAGGCAACCAUCCAUGGCGGCGACAGCGACACCACCGCUCCCACAAACGCAAAUCCACAUGCCGCCACAGUCGCAGCAGCAGCAGCAGCAGCAGCAGCAGCAGCAUCAACAUCAACAGCAGCAUCACCAUCAUCAUCACCAUCAUCACCAGCAUCAACAACAACAACAACAACAACAACAGCAUCAGCAAUCACAGCAGCAUCAACAGCAACAACAGCAACUUUCACAGAGCAACCCGUCGCAUCCAGUUCUCGACGAACUGAAAGUGAAGAAUGAUUACAAUCCCAUAGAUUUCGAUCAGACCGCGCCUGGUGCCAGGUUCUUCGUGAUCAAAUCUUAUUCGGAGGAUGACAUACAUCGAUCCAUCAAGUAUGAAAUCUGGUGCAGCACGGAACACGGCAACAAACGGCUGGAUCAGGCUUACCGAGAGGCGAGUCGCGAGGGCGCUCCCCUUUAUCUGUUCUUUUCUGUCAAUGGGUCCGGUCAUUUUUGCGGCAUGGCACAGAUGGUCUCUCCCGUCGACUACCAGUGCAACAGUAGUGUCUGGUCACAAGACAAGUGGAAGGGUCAGUUUCGCGUCCGUUGGAUAUACGUGAAGGAUGUUCCUAAUGUGCAACUGCGACACAUUAAGCUCGAGAACAAUGAGAACAAACCGGUGACCAAUUCGCGGGACGCGCAGGAAGUCCCUCACGCGAAGGGCGUCACGGUGCUACGUAUCCUGCAUACCUAUCGUCACUCUACAAGCAUCUUCGACGAUUUCGGGCAUUACGAGCGCCGUCAGGCCGAGGAGGAUCAGCGCAAGGUCCCGAGCAACCCCGUACAGCAUCAUCAUUCUUCCUCCAAUCACAGAAACAGAGGGCACGCCUCGGACAUGUCCAGAGAUCACCAUCAGCAUGGUCAUCAGCCUCACCUGCAUCAGCGAAAGGAGCGCGGCCGUAGUGGCAGAGGAGGUUCGCGUCAGUAGCGCUGGGUAUCGCGGAAACGUAUUACCGUUACUAACAAGAGUAAUCGACGUAAAAGGAGCACGCUGCGACUAAUUAUCACAUUCUACCACUUAUCUUUGCUUUCCCGGAUCCAUGAUAGGCUUCGUCUGAUUUCCCGUGACCGAACAACAACACUCGUCGUCGACAUCAUCGGCCGCGUUGUUCUUUCGUUGAAAUGAUUAAUCCGGUAAUGAGAUAACAUUAGCGUCGCGUCGGCAUCAUCGUAAAAUAAUAUGUAACCGCAACUAUUAUGACAAUGAGAGAGAAAAGCAGGAUGUGAAUAAGGAGGAAGAUCAUACACUAUUUCGAAGGAUAUUUGGCUAAACUCACUGACGAUCGUAAUGCGUAUAGUGUGGUGCUGCGUGCUAUUCAUCGAAAGGUGUUUCUUAAACGUACAAAUCAUGCAAUGGAACAGAAGACGGGGGAGAGAGGGGAAGAAACGAGACGCGCGGUCUAUAAAAGAAAAAGAAAAAAAAAGAUAAAAAAUAAAAACUGUAAUAUGUGGACUAAUCCUUGUAAAAUGCUUACAUUUUUGUUGAAAAUGAAAAAAAUCUAUACAAGAACUACUAUAUUAUAUAAACAA